AGAACUGUCACACAACCAAAUCGAAGAUCUGCCCAGUUUCCACCGGUGUCAGCGGCUGGAGGAGCUUGGCCUCCAGCACAACAGGAUCCAUGAAAUCAGAGCAGACACCUUUGUGCAGCUGAUGGCCCUGCGCUCCAUAGACCUGAGCUGGAAUUACAUCCAGUUUAUUCACCCUGAAGCCUUUGUGACCCUGCGCUCACUCACCAAGCUGGACUUGACUGAUAACCAGCUGGUUACGCUGCCUCUGGAUGGUUUGGGUGGACUGACCCAUCUGAAGCUCCAAGGCAACCCAGCUCUCUCUGAGCCCUUCACCAAGGAGAGCUUCCCAAAAAUGAGAGUCCUCGAGGUACCUUAUGCCUACCAGUGCUGUGCUUAUGGAAGCUGCAGCAGCUUCUUCAAGAUGUCCAACCAGUGGGAGGCAGAAGACAUGAGUCCUGAGGAGGAAGAUCCCCACAAGAGGACCAUGGAAUUGUUUCCAGGUCAUGCUGAUAAUCACUAUGACCUAGAUGCAGAUGACCUCCAGCUGGACCUUGAGGAAUCAAAGCUGCACCCCACUAUUCAGUGCACACCAAGCCCCGGUCCCUUCAAGCCUUGCGAUCACUUGUUUGAGAGCUGGGUCAUCCGCCUGGGAGUCUGGGUCAUCGUUCUGGUCUCAGUGCUCUGCAAUGGGCUGGUCAUUCUGGCUGUCUUUGCCUCUCCCAGCUACCUCUCUCCAGUUAAGUUCAUCAUUGCUUCCAUAGCUGGAGCCAACAUGCUGACCGGCAUUUACUGUAGUAUGCUGGCUCUCGUCGACGCUCUGACCUACGGCCAGUUUGCCAAAUACGGUGCCAGAUGGGAGACCGGCGCAGGCUGCAGGGUGACGGGGUUCCUGUCAGUGUUUGCCUCUGAAGCUGCCAUCUUUCUGCUGACGUUGGCUGCCAUGCAGUGCAGCAUUUCAGUCUCCUGUGUGCGGGGCUAUGGCAAGUCACCCUCCUUAGGCAAGGUCAAGACUGCUGCCUUUUGCUGCCUGUUGCUGUCCUCUGUGGCUGCUGUUUUGCCUCUCUUCUCCAUUGGAGAAUAUGGAGCAUCCCCUCUCUGCCUCCCAUAUCCCAUCCCGGAUGGGAAGCCCGCCACCCUGGGCUUCACUGUGGCCUUGGUGAUGACAAACAUGCUCUGCUUCCUGACUAUCACGGGCACCUACAUCCGACUCUACUGCAACCUGCUGAAGGGGGAGUUCAGUGCUGUCUGGGACUGUGCCAUGGUCAAGCAUGUGGCCUGGCUGAUCUUCACCAACUGCCUCCUCUACUGCCCAGUGGCCUUCCUCACCUUCUCCUCCAUACUCAACCUCUUCCUCAUCACCCCAGAGGUCAUCAAAUCCGUCCUCCUUGUGGUCUUGCCCCUGCCCGCCUGCCUGAACCCUUUGCUCUACCUGCUCUUCAACCCCCACUUCAGAGAUGACCUCCGCCUGCUGAGGCAGAAGGGCCAGGACAAGAGCAGCUACCCCCAGUCCUGUGGGGUCGAUGACAUGGAGAAAAGCUCCUAUGACUCCACUCAGGCUCUGGUGAGCUUCUCUGACAUCGACCACAUAUUUGAGACACCUGAUUCCCUGGGAGUGCACCCCAUCCUCGACAGCUACAGCUUCCCCUCCAUGACAAUUGUUCCCUGCCAGCAAAGGGUGGGCACCAGGGGGAAGGAGAGGGGCUUCUCUGAGCAUUGUCCUUGCCUCAAUGACAGUGAGGUGCUGAUCACUUCAGAGAGUCGAGAUGUCACCAGCAGCAGCCUCCGGAUAGCCUUCUUCCCCUCCCCGCCCACGCCACCCUACACAUCUCACUUAUAA